GUGGUGGCCCCGCCCAGGUGGUGGCCCCGAGCCCAGGGAUGCCUCAGACUCUGAGACUCCCUGGAGGCAUGGAGGACAGAGGCGCACACAGCCUGCACCAGAGGGCCCACCAGCAAAGUCCGGAAGACAGGAAGCCCACCGAUGGGGCUGUGGCUUCUCCAGCCGACAGCGCUGAUGACAGAAAUCCACUUCUUCACCCCACGGACUUAAGUCCCCGCAAACCCCUCCUCCAGGUGGAUACGGACCAGCACUGUGGCCCAGAGCCAGCCCUGAUGGCCAUCUUGGAAGCCUCGGGGAGGACCUGGGGUGGAGGCUUCUGCCCGCAGCUCUCCCGGCCCCGCUGGCUUGUCUCUCGCAGAGACACGCCUCAUCACACAGGCGUCUGCGUCCUUGGGGCGCCGGGGCUCCCGGAGCCGGCUGGACGUCCAUGCCCGGCUGUGCCCCUGGGCCCCACAGAUGCCGCGGUGGCCACCGCAUCCCGGCCGGAGCCCAGCUUCCCAGCCCUCUGUGCAGCCUCACUGCCCAGGGCUUCGGUCCCUGGGGAGGCGCGCCCACGCCCUGGGGAGAAAGACCUGGCCCAGGGCACCUGGGACCCUUCUGGAGAAGAGGCUUUGAGGCUGGGGAGUGUUAUAGGAAGAGUCAGGUCUCACAAAGGAGUUGUUGAUGGAUUCCGUGAAUGGGGCCGCUGGCGUGCUGGCUGGGCCUUCCUCGCGAUAAAUAUUCAUGUGAAGGGGAGAGACAAAGAAAGUGAGGUUCAAAUACAGGCCACGCUUGUGCGCAGCCCCGGCGCCCGGGAGUCUGCGGAAGUGCCCCAGAGGAUGCCGGGCGCCCCGGGCAGAGCCGGCCCUCCUGAGCCGCGAGCACUGUGGCUGGGCCGGGAGGAGCUCUGA